CGCGGCGUGUUCCUGCCCAGCGCCGGGACAGUGACCGCUUCCUUCCCGCGGGCCGGCCGGGGCUGUGGAGCACUGGUGAGAGCGGGAGCGACUGCACCGGGGGGAGCUCAACCCAACCCCAAAUCACCCCCAAAAGGCCGGUCGCAGCUCCAGCAGGGCAGCUGCGCCGUGGGGAGGAGAAAACACGGCCUGGGAGUGGGGACGCUGCGGGGAGCACUUCUGCCGCCACUGCUAACCGUGACUCGGGCGCUGGUAAAGCAAGGUGGGUGCUGGGGCAGGGGAAAAGGGAGACGGUAUCGCCUUUUCCUGGCAGGAAAAUCCUCGCCUCGCUCUGUUCGGGUGCAGCCUGCCUGCCAGGCCCCGCGGCCAUCCUCGGCACCAUGGUGAGGAACGUGGACGACUUUGACUUCUGCCUGCCUUCACACGCCCAGGGCGUGCUGGAGGGGCUGCAGCAGCUGCGCACCAACCCUAAGCUGGCCGAUGUGACACUGGUGGUGGGCGGGCAGGAGUUCCCUUGCCACCGUGGUGUCCUGGCCCUCUGCAGCCAUUACUUCUACGCCAUGUUCUCCGGAGACUUCGCGGAGAGCAUCGCGGCACGGGUGGAGCUGAAGGAGGUAGAUCCCAGCGCGCUGGAGAUGCUGCUCAACUUCGCCUACACAGGGAAGGUCACCAUCAACCAAGGCAAUGUGGAGGGGCUGAUGCGGACCUCCAGCCAGCUCCACUUCCCUGCUAUCCAGAAGGUCUGCAGCCGCUACCUCCGGCAGCAGAUGGACGUCACCAACUGCCUAGGUAUCUGUGAGUUUGGUGAGAGCCAUGGCUGCCCUGAGGUCUCCUCCAAGGCUUGGUCUUUCUUGCAGGAGAACUUUGAAGCCGUCUCUCUGCAGGAGGAGUUCCUCCAGCUCUCCAAGGAGAGGUUGGCCAUCUACCUCUCCAAUGACCAGCUGCAGGUGCAGGAGGAACGGAGCCUGGUCGAGGCUGUGCUGCGCUGGGUACGCCACGACCCGGGGCCCCGAGCCCAGUUCCUGCCUGAGCUGCUGGAGCUGACCCACCUGGUCUCGCUGCCCGACCAGUACUUGCAGAACCUACUUGCCACUGAGCCCCUUGUCCGUGACUCAGAUGCCAGCAAGGCCCUCGUUGCCCGAUCCCGCACCAUGGGGCAGAGCAACACUGGUGCCCUGAAGAACGCCCCAACCCCACCACAGAAGCUGGAGGAGGUGCUGGUGGUGGUUGGCGGCCGCGUGCUAGAGGAUGGAGAAGAUGAGGGAAGGGAGCUGGAAAUGCCAACUGCCUCCAGGAACUUUGCCUUCUACAAUCCCAAAAGUAAGCGAUGGAUGGCUCUGCCCGACUUCCCUGAUUACAACAAAUGGGGCUUUUCCCUGGUGACUCUGAACAACGACGUGUACGUCACAGGUGGCUCUCGGGGGUCCCAGAAUGACACCUGGUCAACGACCCAGGCAUGGUGCUUCUGCCCUAGGGACGGCCUCUGGAAGCCCAUCGCUUCCAUGCUGAGAGCCCGGACAAACCACACCAGCGCUGUCCUCAAUGGUGAGAUCUACGUCAUUGGGGGGACAACGGUGGACGUGGUGGAGGUGGAGCGCUAUGACCCCUACAACAAGAGCUGGUGUGCCAUCAGCCCAGCCCCCAAGUACGUGAGCAAUUUUGCAGCCGCCAGCUGCUCAGGCAAGCUCUACCUGGUGGGCUCCUGUGCCGUCAAGUACAACGCACUCACCCUGCAGUGCUACAACCCUGUCCAAGAUUUGUGGAGUGUGAUCACAUCCCCCUUCAUCCCCAAGUACCUCUCGGCCCCACGCUGUGCCACCCUGCGCGGGCUCAUCUACCUCAUUGGGGACAACACCAAGAAGGUCCACGUGUACAACCCGGAAGCCAACAUCUGGCAGAAGGUGCAGCUCCUGCAUGUGCUCCAUGAGAACGGAGGGAUGGUGGCACUGGGUGACCGUCUCUUUGUCACUGGUGGCCACUGGAAGGGCAUGGAUGGGGACUACCGGGUAGAAAUGGAGGUGUAUGACUGCGCCAAGGACCUCUGGACACGGGAGGGCUCGCUGCCCUGCCUCUGGCUCUUCCACAGCUCCUCCUCCAUCUUCAUUGACACCUCCAAGUGGACAGAGGUUUUCCAGGGUGACCAUGGGUGGUAGAAGAGCCUGUUGCCCUAUGCAGCCACGCUCCCUUCUUGUGUCUCCUCGCUGCCUGUUCAGCCCUUGUGAGGAGGGGAUGGAAAGCCCUCUACCAGGCUGGAUGGGGCAGCAGGAAUGUGUUUCCCCACCACUGCAGGGAAAAGGCUUUUCCUUAUAAACAUGCUUUGGCUAAUGCUCUCUU